GGAUGAGGAAGCUUGCAUUAUGCACAUGGACCUCAAAUUCUCCUGUGAUCUUCUGGAUUAUACAUGGGAAGUUAUGUUACAUGUCCUAAACGCCAACACUUUGUAGGCGGAGUAUAUAUAAUAGCUGCUUGCAGGAAAUGGCUUCUGGAUAAUUAACUUGGAAUUCAACCCUCAAGACUUACAGAUUUUGAGUUUCAAUUUGCUGUUUACAACAAACUUUUCCUCAGCAUCAAGGUCUGGUGGUAACAUAUCUUUGUUAAAUUGAGCACUAUCAGUUCACUUUAGUUCAGCUGCUUGAUGGAGAUAAAUGAGCUCUCUACUGGACUUCUGGAAUCCGAAUACCAUCCAGCUUUCACAGGUCUUUUUUUUGUAAUACAUUUUGAAUUUUUUUUUUAAUUCCUGGUCAUCCUACUUUGGGGAAUGUUUGCUUUCUGCAGAUUCUGAGAGUCUUCAGGUGAGCUGCUGUUGAGACAAGAGAAAAAGGAGAGAGUGGCUGCACUGGCCCGUUAUGUCUGAUCGCCUUGCACACACUCUGGGGCCGAAGAAAUGAUAAAAGGAAAUAAGGAACUCAGUGCCAAGGAUGAAGUGGCAAACACUACCACUAACAACACAAACAAACAAAUUAACAACCUGCCACUUGUAGCCAGACGUGAUGCCACUAAUCGCUUUGCGUUGUUCUUGGAAAGUUGUGUGCCCCCUGUUACGAAUUCCUUGAGCAACUUUAGGAGCCCGCCUCUAUUUGGACCUGCCUCCCUCCAGUUGGCCCAGAUAAAGGCUCAGCUGGCACUUCACCAGCUGAAUGUGAUUGCUGCCGGAAACAUCACCCCUCCUUUUAUUGCUUCACCUGCCCUGACCUUGCUCAACCUGCUCAAAGUUACCAUGUCCCAUCCUAUGUAUAAUCCCCGUGGAGGACCAUUCUCCAGUGGUCAGAGAUCCAUGGUAACGGGGCAGUAUGGUCUUGGGUCACAGACUGGAGGAGCUCGUCUUGGCCCUGACUCCAUGUCUAGUCCUCAUGGAGGAAUGAUGGUAAACCAGCAGAUGACUUUUCCACUGGCCCAGCGUCAGCCGCAUGUGUCCCAGGAUCUUGAUGCCGCGAUAGAUAUGAACAUUCGUGGAGCCCGGGAGGAAGUGCGACUGCUUACUCAAAUGCUGCAACAGCCGAAAUCAGCAGAUCCCCGCUUGAGGAAAGACAUUGGAGAUGAGGUGCUUCCUCCAGGAGGCAGUGGUUAUACGGUGUCUAGCGUUCGGGGAAGGUCUGAUGAUGUGGACUGGACUGUUUACCAGGCUCCUGGUAAACUUUUUGCUUCCUCGAAUAUAGGUCAUUCCUCCAGUUCUUCACAGCUGUUCCAGUCUUCAGGUUUUGGCAACAGUGGAGGUCCAAGGAGUUUGGACAGCAAGCCUCCUCCAGAACUCCAGCCUACACGUUAUACCUCAGAGAGUGCCAGCAGCAUCUUGGCAAGUUUUGGACUCUCAAGUGAAGAUCUCGAGCUGCUUAGCCACUACCCUGAUGAUCAACUGACUCCAGACAACCUGCCCUUCAUUUUGCGAGACAUCCGCAUGCGCAAGGCCAAGAGGAGUGUCCCUGACCCUGAUCUGAGGACUUCAUCUGAUCUUCUGGUCUCUGAGACACGACAAAGCAAAGUCAUUGAUUAUGGACAUUCUAGUAAAUUUGGUUUUCCCGAGGAGAAAUCAGACAGCUAUUCACAUGACCGCCUUACUAAAGAGCCAUCCAAGUAUGAGAGGGAAGUGUCAGGCUCAUCCUUCAGUGAUGUUGACAUAACCAAGCGCCCACUGCAAAAUCCAGCUGUCCAAGUUCCUGUCCAGGCUCCAGUUAUGGUUCCAAAGCUUCAGCAGCCUCCAGCAAUGAAUCCAAGAUCUGCUUCACAGAGCUUGGAGAUCCAAGGUGCCAAGACAAUCCCUGGAAGACUGCCUACUGCCACGCCUAUACCACCACCUGUCAGUCGACCACCACAGAUGCCACCUCCUCUUGCUGUUGGUCCCUUAGCGCCUAUGAUCCCUUUGGACUCUGGAAGUCCAAAACUCUCCUGGCCCCCUGCCUUCCCUCCUACUUCAGUUACUGCUCCAGCUGCAAAGAGGCUACCAACUCCCACCAUGAUGAACGAUUACUCAGCUGCUACCCCAAGAAUUUUUCCCCAUACAUGCUCUCUAUGUAACAUAGAAUGUAUCCAGAUUAAGGAUUGGAUUGAACAUCAGAACACAAAUCUUCACAUUGAAAGUUGUAGGCGUCUGAGAAAACAAUAUCCCGACUGGAAUGUGGAGGCAAUUUCUGUUACUAGUGCUGAGCCGAAGUUGGAACGUCGCAGUCCAAAACGUCAUGGCCAUUCACGUUCCUACUCUCGAAGUCCUAGCCCCAAGCGUCACCAUGGUUCGUCAAGCCGUCGCCAGCGUUCUCGUUCCCGCUCACGAAGCCCUCGGAGGUACCGUCGGUCCCGUUCUCGAAGCCGAUCCCGGUCCCCCCCCAGGAAGACUCGGGGUGGUUCACCCUCAUACCGACGGAGGUCUCGCACCCCUCCCGGACGGCGAUCAAGAUCACCAGGCUACAGCAGCAGUAGGCGCUCUCCUGUGCGGAGUUCUCGUAGAGUGAGCCCCCGUCGGAACAGUCCUUCUCGCCAGCAGAGAUCGAGUAGCAGUGAGAGACUAGCUAAAAAACUUCUUCAGUCAUCAGAGCUGUCCUCAGUAACUAGCAGUAGUAGUCUGAAGGCAAUGGUGCAGUCAUUGGCCCCAGCGCUUCUAGCUGAACUGGCCAAAAAGAGGAACAGUUCCUCCUCCCCAUCGGUGAAGAGCAGCAGCAGUAGGAAGCGAUCUUCCUCUCCCUCCGCUAAAAGAAGCGAAUCCUCAAAGUCAAGCAGCUCAUCUGCCCCAAAAACCAGCUCCUCCAAGAGUGAUAAAUCUAAGAAGCCAGCUGGUCCUGGGACAUCCUGCCUGCUUAGGCUGAAGGGCAUUCCACUGGGCACCACCCACCAAGAGCUGGUCACUGCUGUUGAGCCCUUUGGCAAGAUUCACACUGCCAUCCUGCUUAAAGCCAUCUCAGAGGCAUCAGUGUGUAUGGAGAAAGAAGAGGAUGCCAAAGCUUUGGCCAGAUGUCAGGAUCUGAAGUUGCGUGGCAAACUUAUUGAGAUCUGUAUGGAAAAGGAUGCCAGAGAUGAACCAAGGGAUUCCAAACAUCAGAAAAAAACUGUUGUCAAGAAAAAAGACCACAACACAACAAGAACACCUCAACCAUCUAAAGUAAAGGGGGUCACGGGCAAGACAGCACAAGCAGCUAAAUUUAAAGACAUGCCUAAGACGUCAGCUAAAGGGAAACAGGCAGUCAAGGCCAAGCCUCCUGCCAAAGGCCCAGGAGAAACUCCUGUUAAGAGGAUCGUGAAAAAGGAAAUUCCCUGGAGGCGAAACAUAGUUGAAAUAACUGGUCUUCCAGAGAAAGGAGUCACAGAAGAAGACCUCAAAAACCUUGCUAGUCCCCAUGGCUUUGUUUCAACACCUGUCAUAGCAGUCACUCAGCAAAAGGCAUAUCUGGAGAUGCCUAACACACAGGCAGCAGAGGCACUGGUGAAGACAUAUGCAGAGACUCCUGCAAAGCUGCAAGAAAAAGAGAUAAACAUCACGAUGAUGACACGGCCCAUUGAUCUUAAUUACACUGAAUCAUUAUUCAGAGUAUUGAUGGGAAUGGAGAAAUUGCCUCCCCAGGAAAUUGCUGUGCUUCCUGAACGUCUCCUCACAGUUGGGAAUGUGCCCAAUGGAACUGGAGCAAUCAAUGAAGUUCAGAACCUCAUCAAACGCUUUGGUUCAUAUAGGCAGACACUGCCCCUCAAUGGCAGGAUCAUUUUUGAAAUGAACAGUGCAGCUAUCGCUAGAUCGGUUUAUAGUCGGUUCCUCAAGUUUCCAUGUAUCAUACAGAAUAAAAACCUUACGUUCAAACUUGCCAAAAUGCCCAAGGCUUCUGACCAGAUGAAAAUGAAACCUGAUGCAAAAGGGGCUAAACCAGUUCCAAAGGUGGGGGUUAGGCCAAGGGCUAAAGCUAAACCUAAACCUACCAAAGCUCCAGCUCCUAAUGUUACUUCAGUUCCAACAUCAGCUUCACCACCAGGUACCAUUUGUGCUGAAGUUGUCACAGCUAAAGCAGAAGACACAGCUCAGAAUGAAGCAAAGUUUGAGGUGGGCACCAGUGCUACUACAGAAACAGCAUCUGCUGAUAUAGCAAAAGCUAUGAAUGCUUCAGAAGUUGACUCCAAAGUCGAUGCCCCACCUGUCGUAACAACUCCCUUUAAAAACACUGACUCUAAAUUGGACACCAGUACUUUGUUUGAAAGGUGUGACUCUAAACCAGACAGCUUUACUACUGACACAGCUUCAAUUAAAAGCAUCGCCCAGGGUGAAAACAAGAUUGAUGCCACUCAAACCAAAGAAAUAACCGUGUUGGCGACCCAGGAAUCAGGGGUUUGUCACUUGCCUACAGUCACAACUGAAAACUGUGAAAAAGUGCCCAUGGACACAACUGAGCAGACUGAAAAACUGCCGAUGGACACAACUGAACAUAAGGAAAAAGUGCCCAUGGACACAACUGAGCAGACUGAAAAACUGCCGAUGGACACAACUGAACAUAGGGAAAAAGCGCCCAUGGACACAGCAGAGCAGACUAAAAAAGUGCCCAUGGACACCACUGAGCACAGUGAAAAAGCACCCAUGGAUGCAAUCAAGCACAGUGAAAAAGCACCCAUGGACACACCUGGGCACAGUGCAAAAGCUCCUGUAGACAAAACUGAGCAUGAUGAAAAAACGCCUAUGAACACAACUGAGCCUGAUGAAAAAGUACCCAAAGACAUAACUGAGCACGGUGAAAAACCACACAUGGAUUUAACUGAGCAUGAUGAAAAAGCACCCAUAGACACAAUUGAAAGUGCUGAAAUAGCAUCCGCGGACAGCCAGGAUCUACCACAAGCUGAGGCUGCUACCAGUGUUGAGAACAUGCCUCUAGAACAGGAUGAGGUUACAAAUAGUGGACCACAACAGGACAACAUUGCUGAGUGCUUAUCAGAUGGGCAAAUUGGGGUUGUUGGCAGUAAUGACAGUGAAGAGCCCAUUUUUAUGGCCACAUCUGUAGCUUUGGAAGCUAAGAGUAUCCCUGUAGAGGAAUCCACACUGAGUAGUCAGAUCACACAGGAUGAUUUAAAGCCUCCUGAUACUAUGACUGAAAAUGAAGCCCAAAUUCAAGAUGACUUAAAGGUUGAUGAACCGGUUGAAACUGAUAGCACUUUGCAAGCUUGUGACAAAAGCCAGCUCUCUGAAAAAAACAAUACGCAACCAGCACCUGUUCCUUCUGAUGAUAUGACACUGGACUUUCCUCCUGUUACACAAGAAAUUUUAAAAGCUCUGGAAGCAGCAGUUCAUCAGUGCCGUUUGCAGUCAUCUUUGAGGCGUGCUGAAGAAGAAGCCAGGCAAAAGACUGAGCCAGAGAAAGUUACAGAUAAGGCUCAUUCAAGCACGAAGAAGCACAUCGCUGCAGAUGAGUCUUCACAGGUGCCUAAGAAAGCUGUUCAUGCUGACUGCCGGAAGACCCAAGCUGCCAAGGUAAAGAAAUCCCAAAGUUCUGCAUCUAAAAGUAAACUUGGAGACAAUGAAUCACCAGAAAGAGGAUCCUCAUCUAGACACAAACAGAAAAGUAGUCCAGAAGUUGGACCCCCCAGCACUAGACGUGGAGGAUCCUCAAGUUCUUCUACUGCGUCUCGCAAUAGCAGAUCAAAUAGCAGUCCAGUUUCAAAGAGUUCAAGGGGCCAUGAGGAGGAUCGCUACAAGAGCCGCAGCACAAGGAGAAGUACACGUUCCUCGAGAACUGCUUCAAAAACAAGGAAAACAGAAAAGCCAAAAGAAGAAGAAGAGGAAGAACUUUUCCCCUUCAACCUAGAUGAGUUUGUAACUGUAGAUGAGGUUGUGGAUGAGCCAGGAGAGGACACUGCUGCUAGCACUGAACCCUCACCUGAGCAUGAGAUUGCCCAAGAUGAGCUCAAAGCCCCCACAACUGCCUCCACACCUGCAAAGAGACAUAAACCAGAGCCCGAAAAGCUGGAAGUAGAAGAACCUCAGAGGGCUGAAGAUGAUACUGUUAGUCCAGAUAUUUUACAGGAGGCAGAAACUAUCAAACCUGCCAUUGGUGAACCAGAAAAGACAGAGUGUAUGCCUACAGAAACAUCAACACCAGAACCUUUGUCACAGGAUGAGAACAAAGAAUGCAGUGUUCCUACAUGCACUGAAGAAGCCUCUCUCACCCAGAAAGAGACCACGGAAAAUGGGCCCUCUUGCCUACUUGAUACAAACCAGUUUGAUUCCUCUGCUACUGUAUUAAAGGACGAACCUCUUCCAGCUUCUGAGGUACAAGAAAAAGAGUCGCAUGCCAAGCACCAGACUGCGGUCCAUGAUACUGAGGUAAAAGAAGGAGUGAACAAUCAAGUACCCACAAUCCCUGAACUUCCGGCCCAAGAUGCUCUGGUAACCCUUGAUGAGGUCAGUGAGGAAGAGGAGGAUUUCCCUGAUGAUGAGGCAGAAGAGGAGGAGCUGCUAAAGCGCCAAGCUGGUGAAAACCCUGAAGCACUUUUGACUGUUGAUGAGGUGAGAGGUGAUGAAGCAGAAGCUGAAGAAGAGCAUUUAGAGAAAGAACUUCGGGGCUUGGUCACUCUUGAUGAAAUUGUUGAGGAGGAAGAUGAUGAUGAUGAUGAGGACUCUUUCAACCCGGAGACCCUUGUUACACUGGAUGAGGCAAGAGGUGAUGAUGAGGAGAUGGAUGAGCAGGACAAUAGCAAGCAAGCCUGUUCUGAAGUUGAAACACCAGCUGUGCCAGAGGAGCCUGCAGGAUCAUCUGGCCUGGAUGAAGAAGCCUGUGACCUAGAGGCCCUGCGCAGAAUGACCUUUGUGACUGUGGAUGAAGUGGGGGAGGAGGAAGUGGAACAGCAAGAAGAGAAAGUGGAGGAUGAGGUACCUGUCACCAGGAGGGGUGGAAGGCCAAAGAGGAGAGCUCGGCAGACGCCCGUAAGGAAAUCCAGCCGAAAGAAAAAGGAGAAGGCUAGUGACCAGACGGAAGAAACACCUGAGAUGCUUUCGUUGGAAGAGACAGCCUCAGUCACUGAUUUGUCAUCCUCGGUCACAAAGGACGAAUACCUCAAGCCAGAAUCCCAGAAUCUGAAAGCAGAGGUAGCUUCAGACUCCCCAGACUCAGAGACUCUGACACCUGGGACAGAGAAGCACAGUGUUGAUGAAAAAGAGGUCAUAAGCAAGCACACCAGGGCCGUCUCUCCUGAGAAAAGAGCAGCAAUUAAAGAGGAAUCCAAACAGAGGCGAGAUGAUGAGCUAAACCAGGAGCCAGAAUCAAAGAGGCCUUGCUCAGAACCUUCAAUAACUGAAGACUUUAUUCUUCCCCCUUUUAGCCCAGACAACCCCAUUGGUGUGGACUUUGUGGUUCCCAGGACAGGCUACUUCUGCAAGCUCUGCUCUCUGUUUUAUGGCAGUGAGGAGACUGCAAAGAAAACCCAUUGCAGCAGCUUACGACAUUACCAGAGCAUGCAGAAAUAUUAUGAGAAGCUGAAAUCUCAGUGUGGAACAGAGAAAACAUUGUCCAGUCACACUUCUGUAUCAGAUUAAAUAGAUCAACAGUUUAAAUUCUUUUGAUUUUUUAUAUUAAUAUUCAUGGAUGGGUCCAAUGUUAUUUUGUUAUAGUUGUUUUGUGUGCAACUACUUCUGUUCAGAUUUCAAAAUAAAUAGUAUGUUAAUUAUAAUGUGUGACGCAACAAAUAAACACAUUUUUGUAAAUGA